GGACACUGGUAGAGGGAUAUGAAGCUUAUUCUUACUGCCGCUCUAGCAUAAUUAUCCAGCAUCAGGCAGGGAUUCGAGAACAGGCAGACCACAGACAACCGCAUCCGGAUCUGAAUAAGGAUGGAGAACUCGAGAGGAACGUACCUGAACGUGGCUGCAGUGACCUCGUGGGUGGGUGUUGCUCGAUUGCUGCAGGCAGCAUUUGGAUGCGCCACGUUCAGCCUUGUGGCUCACCAAGGAGGAUUCAACGCAGCCUACGGCACCUUCUGCAUGGCCGUCUGGUGUUUCUGUUUUGCAGUCACCAUCUUUAUCAUCACUUGUGAAUUCACACGCCUUCACAGCUGCUUGAGCAUCUCCUGGGGGAAUUUCACAGCUGCCUUUGCCAUGCUGGCCACUCUCAUGUCCAUCACGACCGCGGUUAUCUACCCAAUUAAUUUCGUCCAGUUCGGCUGCCAUCCCAUCGGCUGCGAGAGGAGAGACUUCCGCAUAUCGGCUGGUGUCUUUGCUGGGCUUUUGUUUCUGGCAUAUGCCACAGAGGUAUUUCUGACGAGGGCCAGACCAGGACAGGUGACCAGCUACAUGGCCACACUUUCUGGCCUUUUGAAAAUUGUCCAGGCCUUUGUCGCUUGCAUCAUUUUUGGAGCGCUGGUGAACGACAGCCAAUACGAUAGGUACGUGGCCACGCAGUGGUGUGUGGCUGUUUACAGCUUCUGCUUUGUGUUGACCGUGGUGGUGGUUGCCCUCAAUGUCACAGGAAAGACAACGACACUAAGGUGCCCCUUUGAACGCUUUGUGGUUGUUUACACAUUUGUGGCUAUCCUGAUGUAUGUGAGUGCUGCAGUCAUCUGGCCAGUGUUCUGCUUUGACCGGAAGUACGGCUCUCCGCAUCGGCCUUAUCAGUGUUCUAAAGGCAAGUGCCCCUGGGACAGUCAGGUGGUCAUUGCAGUGUUCACCUAUGUGAAUCUGGUGCUUUACACUGCAGACUUAGCAUACUCGCAGCGUAUUCGCUUUGUUUCACACCCUUGAUAGCCAAAGCUCUCAUGGACCCCAACAGCUUUGGAAAGCUGACAUUUAGGGCCCACCAAGGAAUUAAACAUAAAGACUGUAGUUGAGAAGAGACCAGUCACUGAAAAACGUAGGAUGGCUGGGUACGGGUAAGAAAAAGAUCAUAUAUAACCUCGUUGUCAACUGCUUCAUUCUCUCUGCAUCCAGACAGAGAAUACAGCUGAGCUGCAAAAUCCUCGUCAUUCCAGCAAACAUGCAAGGUUAUUGCGACAAUAGCACUACAGGCCAACAGGUUCUCUCAGGCCUAAAAAUAAGGGUUUUUUAAAAAUGGUAUCUAAAGACUGCUGGAGGAGUCUAAAGUUACAGCAGCUACAGAAAAUCAUGUCUACAACAGGAGGAGCGUCUGCCAAAAUUCCAAGUGAAUUAUUGCAUGUGGGUUAAAGUGAAAAGUUCUAUGUAAAACUGCUAGAUUCUGCAGGGAGGGAAACAUUUUUACUACAAUAAUGAAGAUAUACAACAAGAACUUCCUCUUUCCAGACUAUGGAAUAGCUAUUUCCUUUUGCAUGUACUUGGUUGUGAGUGAUAGGGAGAUUUGUGCCGGGCAGAGAUUGAGAAGUGCAGUAGACUAUCAAGUCUGUAGUUGUAAAUGGGGUCAGAAAAGGUUUCUGUGGAUAGAAGGCUCCAUUAUAAUUACUUCCAGAUUGAUUUUCUCAACGUUCCUUCAAGAAGCAUCUGGGCAUACCUCUUUGCCCAGAGAAACUGUGGUUAUAUGCAAGACAUUAGCCAUUUGAACUUAGCAUAUAGAAAAAAGUUGGGAUUUUUUUCUUCAAGUGUUAGGCAACGGAUAUGGUUUAAUUUCUAAACAAGCUUGGCACAGAACAACCUGUAUAUUAAUUCAUCGUUCAGAAUAUGGUCUGGAAUCUCCAGGUCUUUUGCAAUGCAAAAAAGGACAUGAAUAGAAUUUUCAUAAAUCUAGCUAAGCGUCGGUUGACCAACCUGAUCUCGGGAAGUGCUGACUCUUGGUUCACAACUGAGAACCCAUCCCGGUGCAAGAAGCCCUGGUGGGCUUACAGUAGCAUGGAUCAGGAUCUACACCUGGCUCUCCUUAACCAAAGACAUUUUCAAAACUAAGAAGAAAUCAAAGCAAGGUGUUAAUGCCGAUUGCUCAUAUGUGUGAAUGAUGUAGAGGGGUUUGAUUCCAGUCUAGAAUAAAAGUGGCAA